AUAAAAGUCUUACUGUCAAAUCUCUACAUUUCCCGCCCUUCCAUAGUCAGCAAUUCUUCCCACAAAAGCCCCAGUCUCAGCUAUGUCUUUUCGACCGCAUCCAUUGCCCUUUACCAGCAAAGACCCCAGAAUGAACGACGCAACCGGGGAGGGUGAGGCGGCGAUUAGUGACCCGUGUCUUUUCCCAUGUUACGUCGCCUCGGAACCAGCAUACGCUCUCGCGAGAAAGAUUAAAGAGAAGAAGCAUAAGAGAGAUGAAGCUAAAGCGGCUGAGAAGAAGCUGGACGACGUGGAGAGUACAAAAGGAAAGGAAUAGCUUAUAGGAGGAGUAAUGUGCUUUAGUAUGACUUGUUUAAUUUAUUUGUAAUUGUUGUUCUUGAGAAGAGAGAGAGAGGAGCAAGCAACCUUAAGUCUAUGGUAAAUUUCUGGUAUAUAUCAAAACAGGGAAUUACUG